AUGAGUAAGAAAGAAGAGGAGCAGCUUCUACAAGAUGCAUCCACGUUGUUGAUGUUCGCCAACGUAGCGGCAAAGCAGCAACAGCAGCACCAAAGCCCAGAACAAGGCGUUGCCCCAAAGAAAGCUUCACCCCCUCCUCAUCCACAACCACAACCACAACCACACUCCCAAGCCAUGAGGAGCCCGGCUAAUGCCAGCAUGUCAUCGAUAUUGAACUUACCUGCGGUGGAUCCUGUUCACACCACGCCCUUUAGCGGUCGUCCCCCUACUGUCCAUGGCCCUGGUCCCUUGCCAGUGCCAGCUUCACAACCACACAGUUUGCCAUCCAUGUCCCAAUACUCGAGCCCCCAAUACAUCCGGAAUCCUACCCAACUCAAAUCGCCACCAAUAAUACAUUCACAGGCUAAUAUCGAAUCUAGAAAGCCAAGUUUACCGUCUUCUACAAAAAGCUCAAUAAGCAUCUUGAUGAACAGCCCAGAACCUCUGGGCCCCACCAAUACGCCAUCCCCUCCAAAGGCGAAUGUCCAACUAGCGCAUCAGAAAUCAGUAUCUCCACCAUCAACUAAUUUCCCAGUUCAAGGUAGUUUCGGCCACAAAAGGUCAAAGUCAACUCCCGAAAGUGCCGAUAAAAGAUCGUCCAUUCGUAUGCAUCACUCACCAGGGCCCGCAAAUGUUGCUUUGGCAAGAGGUAUUAACCUCGAAACUGGUGAGAGGAACAAUAACAACGCUGUCAUAGCGGCUGCUGCACUUGCAGCUGCUGCAGACAUUCCCUUGCCCUUGAAAUAUAAAGAACACACUGGAGUUAAACUAGAAUCGCCAGCAACGAUCCAACCUCCGGCUGCAGCUGCCAGCAUGACUCCAAAAAACACUGCACCUGCUAUUAAGAAGAACGAAGAAGAAUCAAAGCAACAAUCAAAGCAACAAUCCCCAGUCAUAACCUCAAGCUCGCUUGAAGUAUCAAGGUCUGAAAUAGCCGAGGAGGUGAUUAGUUCGACAGCUCCUACUGACACAAUUGCGAAGUCCCCAGUGAACGAACCCGCCACUAAGUUGAAACCACCUCCAUUGGAGUCUUACAAAGUUGAUCCAGACUCUGGUCUCAUUGGAUGUAUUUGUGGAAUUGAAGAUGAUGAUGGAUUUACUAUUCAAUGUGAUAUCUGUUAUAGAUGGCAGCAUUGCUUGUGUAUGGGUUAUAAGACAAGCGAUGAAGUACCUGAAGAUGAAUACAAAUGCUAUUACUGUGACGAAGGGAAGUGGGGCAAAUUUGAUCCUGAAGUGUGCAGAGAAGAUACGUUGAAUCGAUUAGAAAUUGACAGAACGACCUUAGAAGAUAAAGAUGAUGAGCAAGAAUUAUCUCAACGUAGUGAGGAGUACAAUCACCAACAGCAGAUUCAUCAAGAACAUAGGAAAAAGCAUGGGCAAGAGGUUGCACAUCAACAAGAGGUAUUAAGCGGUAAAAGAAAACUGCUGGGUUCCGAGAGAGCUGAUAAAAGAAGAAGGGUAGAGAAAGAACUAGGAUCUGAUUCACUGGCAACUCACAAUUCGGAUCUGUUGACAGCAAAAUCUGCUGGCAGUGUUACUGUCCCUGUUCUCAUCAAGAAAACGCCACCUAAAGAAAUUUUACCCAACAAAGAUAAUCAACUAUUAGAAGAAGGCUUCACUUCCGAAUCAUACCAAUCAGUGUACUUCAAUCUCCAAACAAAUGAUUACAAACGACCUAGUGUUAAAGCACAAAUGUUGGAGUUGGGUGAAGAUUUCUAUAAGGGUUACUUGGACUUGCCCAAAGCAGAUCAAUCGAAAAAAGAGUACUUGGAUACUGAGAUAAUGUCCUUGAGCAAAUUUAAGUCUUUGAAGUUCAGUAAGAAAAUUUUGCCUAAUCACCAGAAGUAUUAUCAAGAAAAUAAAAUUAACAUUAUUAAGAAGAACAAGUUCAACAAGACCAAAAUUCAAGUGAAACCAUAUUCGGAUAAUCAGAAACAGAAAUUCAAUGGUAUCUCGAAGUUGUCAUUAUUUAUCUCCAGUUCUACGGACACUGUCAUUCCUGAAGGAACUCCAGUUAUCGAGUAUCUUGGCGAGAUUGACUUUUUCUCAAACUACAUUGAAGAUGCCGCUAGUCAGUAUCGUGGUUGGGGUACUACAAAGCCCAAGGUCCUCAAAACUUCUAUCCCAAAAAUUGACCUGGACGAGCGUCUGGUAGGGGUAGUUCUUGACUCAAGAUUUGUCGGUAAUGAAGCAAGAUUUAUCAGAAAGUCGUGUCCUUCUACAUCAAAUUGCAAGAUUAAACGAGUUUAUAUCCCAGAAACAAACUCUUUUAGAUUUUUAGUGGUUACUUCCGAGGAAAUCACAUUAAAAUCAGAACAAGCUGAUGAAGAAUUGAGGUUGCACUGGGAGUGGGAUUCGUUCCACCCAAUUCUUAAAUUGUAUGACAAUAGAAAUGAAAAGUUCGAGCAGUUAUCUAAUAUUGAUAAGUCUACAUUAAUAUCGUGCAUCGAUAAUUUGUUGCAUUUCACAGAAUGCGGAUGUUCCACCUCAUCAUCAUAUUCUUCAUGUGCUAUAUUCAAGGUUAAAAAGGCUACCUCUUAUUUAUUGAGGUCAACCAGGAAGGCAUCAUCCAUUAGUAAUCUCAAUUUAACGAAGUCUAAAGAGGAGUUAAUUUUACCGAAGAAGGAGAAGGAGUAUAUUUCGUGGAAUCAGCGUUUAAUUGAAAGGGACAACCAUAUCCAAAUGGACUUAUCAGUAACUACUGACAGUUUAGGGCAAGGUGCGAUAGACGAAAGUGCGCGGUCCGACGAAGAAAAAGGUUUCGAGGUCGAGAAGCUCAAGGACAAAUCUAAUCUUUUGUUCCAAGUUCCAAACAAACAACAAUUAUUUUUACGCAACAAGGAGUAUGUGAGAAAUUUCGAAAGGUCCAAAAAUAGCAAUGAAGCUGAGCUUGUUGAAAACCAAACACUUUGUGGAAGUUUGCCAAUUCCAAUCAUUCCAGAUAUGAUAGUCAAAAUUGAACAGUCUAUUGACAAUCAGUUGAAGCCUAUUGUGAAAGAAGUGGAAACCAAGUUGUUAGCAGACAUUAAAGCUAACGAUGUUAAUAUUGUUAAGCAAGAAAGUGUGCCCGAGAAGACUGGACAUUCAAAUCCAGAAGUCGAAGUCCAGGCACCUGCCCCUAAGAUAAUCAAGAAGUUAUCAUUUGCCGAUUACAAGAAAAAAAUGAAGUGA